AUGAAGUGCACUCUGUUCGCCCUGCUGGUGCUCCGCACCGCCGCCCUUAGCACCCGCAGCGGCUUCAGCGCCCCCCCGGAGGAGCUUCACGCGCCGUUGAUCGCAGGGACGACGCCCACGACGCCGACGAGUUCCGCGAUCAAAAGGACAGGGCUCAAGCGCUCGAUGAUAAACCUGGCCAGUCAAAUGGAUGUGGUGCUUCGCUCCUUCUGUGUGGUCGGCGUGGCGGAAAUCUUCGACAAGACUUGGUUUGUGGCGCUGAUUUGUGCCCUGCAAUACGGCAGGAAGAUCAGUUUCAUUGGUGGCUCCUUGGCCUUGUCUCUGCACGUUUUCUUGGCCGCUGGUUUGGGGGUGACCAUCUCCCAGUUCUUUUCCAUCAGGACCUUGUGCUUUUCCACUGCCGCCAUCUUCUUCCUCCUGGCCAUGGCCUACAGCUGGGAAUUCUUCAGCAGUGAGGUCUCGGACGACGUCAUCGCGGAACGCAGCAACGAAGCCCAGGAGUCGAUGAAAGGAGGCAAAGAAGGUAAAGAAGGGCCAUGUUGGCGCGAUGCUUUGGGACGUGUCUUCAUGGCGGUCUUCGUGGCUGAGUGGGGAGACAGGACGCAGGUUGCCAUGAUCACCUUGCACAGCUCAGCUCCUUGGCUUCCCGUUUGCCUUGGAUCUUUGGUGGCCUUUCUACUGCUGACCUUCUCCGCGGUGGUCGCGGCCACGCUGGUGCAGCACGCCAAGUUGUCGGAGCGCUUCGUGCUGGGCGUCAGUGCGUUGAGCUUCUUCGUCUUUUCCGCCUUGGCAGUGCGUGAUGGAUACAUGUGGACAAAACGUGUUCCGGUGACGCUGCCGGGUUUGUGUGGCACCGAGGUUGGGAAGUGGCGUUCGUUUCGUCAGUACUGCGUGAAGCGCUUCCAAAGUGCUGAUGAUUUGAUGCAGCCACUGGGUGCCAUGCUGGCCACCGGGAUGGGCUACCGGGAUGGCUACCGCGCAAAGCCAUGCAGAAUCAAAAGUUGGAUCAAGCAACUGGCCGCCUUGGCGACGGCUGUUGAGCACCUGGUCGGUCAUGGCGGCGAUCUAGCCCGCUUGGUGGAUGAUUGUGGCAUGGCCAAGGUUUGCUUCGUGCAAACUUCGGUGGAGUUCAUGUUGGGGAUGAUCAACUCUGGUUGGGGCGGAGAAGAUAAAGAAUUGGAGGAGGUCUGGUCGGCCCUGCGCGAUGCCAGCGACGACAUGAUGCGCAUCAGUGGGCGCGAUGGGCCAGGACUUGCUUGGUUUGGCAUCGAGAUGAGGCGCUUCAAUCGGAAGAAAGCUGCCAAGAUCAAGUCGAAGCAAUGGUUUGCACUACGGUCGCGGCAAGGCCUGAACCCAGCGAUGAUCAACAAGUGCUUUGAGGAAUUCAAGGCGUCGCUCCGCAAGAAACACGGAAAUUUGAUCCGCGCGUGGCGGCAAGAACUCUCCACCAAUGACACCAUGUCGUUUCUCGGAUUGCCAAAGUCCAAUUCCUUCGAGCUGCUCGGCUGGGCUCGAGAAGCGAAAGAUCUUUGGCGAGCCUUGGACAAGGCGCCGCGGGGCCGCAGCGCGUGGGAGCCAUGGCAGCGUGUGGCGGAAACAUGUGCGGCUGAACCAAGAGUGGAACUAAAGAGCUCAUUGAGCAUCAAAGCAUUGGAUGGACAAACGUUUCAUAUGCAAGUUGAUGAUGAUUCAAAGGUGGAAGAUGUGUACAAGCACAUUUCAGAGAAGAUCAGCCUGCAAGCAGCUAGAAAGUUGCUGCUCACUUCGGGUUGCAGCAUCCUGGACAACUCCGAACCGCUGCUGCCACAAGUGCAGAAUCAGGAAAUCAGUUUCGUCAUCCAGCGAAUGCAUGUAUCUGAGGUUUGGCAAAGCUUCCAGACAGCCAUGGAAGCCGAGACGACGACAAGACUGACUGCCGCACAUUUGAAUGCAAUAAAUGCAAUUGUUUCACUGACCUGUGUGCCACAAAUCAAUCAGAAUCCGGCGUGCCUGUCAUUGCUGACAGGCCUGCUGACUCUGGCUUUUAGCCAUGGGUUCAAUGGCAGUUUGGCAAAUGUGACACUGCCACCAUACCUGCAAACGCUGACAUUUGGAGCAUCGUUUAAUCAGAGUUUGGCAGGUACGACAUUGCCAAACAGCUUGCAGACGUUGAGCUUUGGACAUGGUUUCAACAAGAGUUUGUCAGGAGUGACACUGCCAAGUGGCCUCAAAACCUUGACGUUUGGAGACAGCUUCAAUAAGAGUUUAAGAGGUGUGACGCUUCCAAGCAGCCUGCAGAUGUUGACCUUUGGAGAUUACUUUAAUCAGAGUUUGGCAGGUGUGACAUUGCCAAGCAGCCUGCAGACUUUGACCUUUGGAUAUCGGUUCAACCAGAGCUUAGCACGUGUGACGUUUCCAAGAACCUUGCAAACGUUGACCCUUGGAGUGGAAUUCGACAAGAGUUUUGCGCGGGUGAUAUUGCCGAGCAACCUGCGGAGUUUGGCCUUUGGAGUGGCCUUUAAUCAGAGUUUAGCAGAUGUAACAUUGCCAACAGGCCUGAAGAAGUUGACCUUUGGAAGUUGUUUCGAUCAAAGUUUGGAAGGUGUUGCAUUGCCAAGCGAUCUCCACACGUUGACUUUCGGAGCUUACUUUAAUCAGAGUCUGGCAGGUGUGACAUUGCCAAGCAACCUGCAGAGUUUGUCCUUUGGAGAACGGUUCAACCAGAGCUUAGCAAGUGUCACAUUGCCAAGGAGCCUGCAGACUUUGAAGAUUUGCGAUGGAUUUCGCAAGGUUUUGAAAGGUGUCACAUUGCCAAGCAGCUUGGGAUUGCAGUUGACCUUUGGUAAUUCUGUCAAUAAGUCUUUGACGCACGUGUCGUUGCUGAAAAACCUGCAGACGUUGACACUUGGAUACUCGUACAAUAACACGAGUUUAGCAAACGUGACAUUGCCAAGAAGCCUGCAAACGUUGACUUUUGGACAUUCGUUCAAUCAGAGCUUAGCAUGGGUGACAUUGCCAAGCAGCCUGCGGACAUUGACAUUUGGAGAUUCGUUCAAUCAGAGUUUAGCACGUGUGACAUUUCCAAUGACCUUGCAGACAUUGACCUUUGGAGACAGCUUCAAUAAGAGUUUAAGAGGUGUGACGCUUCCAAGCAGCCUGCAGAUGUUGACCUUUGGAGAUUACUUUAAUCAGAGUUUGGCAGGUGUGACAUUGCCAAGCAGCCUGCAGACUUUGACCUUUGGAAUUUCUUACAAUCAGAGUUUAGCAGGUGUCACACUUCCAAGCAGCCUGCAGUCGUUAAUCUUCGGAUGGAGAUUUUGUCAUAGUCUAGCAGGUGUGGCACUUCCAAGCAGCCUGCAGACGUUAACCUUUGGUGAUUUGUUCAAUCAGAAUUUCGAAGAUGUGACUUUGCCAAGCAGCCUGCAGAGGUUGAUUUUUGGAUAUGCUUCCAGACAAGAAUUGGAAGGCGAUGAGAGUGGCACUGCCUCAUUGGAUGAGUUGGAUCCUGUGGGGGCGGAAAAUUUGGCGCAUUUCAAGGCUUGGGUGGACAAUGAGUUCGGUGGUAUUCGCCAUGCGUUCCGAAAGAUUGACGAAGACAACACCAAGAACAUCUCGGUGAACGAAUUCGACAAGGCGUUGAGGACCUACAACUUCCCGCGGAAAACGAAGCAUUUGUUCCACAUGUUGGACAAGGAACGACGGGUGAAAGGGCGGAAAUGGCAACCCUUAGAGUUUCUGCUCGUAUCUCCGGAUCACAACGCCAAGCAGGCAGCAUGUAGUGCGUGUGAGGCAAAGAUGACGCGGUACUUGAAGGGCUGGAAACGAAUUCUGGACAAGGAUAACACCAACCGCUGCAACUGGUACGAAUUUCAGGACGCCUGCAGGGUCCUGGGCUUCCGUGGCAACAUUGGUGGUGCCUGGCGUGCGUUUGAUGAAGAUCUGUCAGGAUACAUCAGCCUCAAAGAACUGGACGAAAAUGCCUCGAAGGUCUUGUUGGGAUUUCGCCGCUGGGCCAUCGCAGAGUUCGGCUCGGUACGGCAGCUCUUUACCACCUUUGAUAAGGACAAGUCCAAUAGCCUCAGUUUCUUGGAAUGGCGUGGCGCUCUGAAAGUCUAUGGCUACGAUGGACCCUCAAGGGAGCUCUUCCAAGCCUUGGAUGUUGGUGGAGAGGGCUCUCUGUCUGUCAAGGAGGCAGUGCUGGGACCUGGGAAGUGCCCGGAAAGGUUGCCUCAGGUGGAUUUCCUUGAUGACUGGAGCCUGGACAUGGAGGAGGAUGUGACUCCGGCACUUUCGACCCAAGACUCAGCCACCAGACCUGCGCUAUCACCACGGCCUUCCUCGGUUGGCGUCUCCAGCGAACAGCGUGUGAGCUAUGCGCGACGGGCUUCGAUGCAGACCACAGUGAAGUCAAGGGCCGUGAAGUUGUUGGAUAAAUGGAUGAAUCCCAGUCCCACCACCAAGGAGAACGACAGCUCCAGUAGCUCAGAAGAUGAGAGCCCUCAACAUGUGGCGCAUCGCUGGAAACCGCGGACGCCGAUGGAGGUCAUCCGCUUGGCGCAAAAAGUUGUGCCCAGGAAGAUGCCAAGGUAUUGCAUGGUGGACGGUUCUGUUGUCGAGCGAGAGGACUCGAAGUCGGUCACCACGUUGAAACCCGAGGAACUGCAGGAACUCACAGCGCCUUCCCUGGCGCGCUCAGAGGUGGUGCUUGCUGUGCAGAAGGAUUUGUCUGCCUUCAAUUUCAGCAUGGAUACGAACGAUGCAGACGAUUCCUGGGCGGAACGCUUGAGUCGCCACUAUCUUUCGAAGACGUUGGACCUGGAGCAAGUGAGCCCCAGCCGUGCAGCCACAGCACCUGCAAGGCUUGGCAGAGAAAAGGGGCCUGGAGAGUCAGACUUUGACCAGCUCUUUGGUGAGGCCAAGAAAGGGAAAAAGACCAAGGCGACCUUCCAGCCCCUUGGCGCAGUGCCAGUCCCCGCAAAGGCCAUAGAGCUUUGGCAAGAUGCAGAUGAGGACCUGGAAGCUGCAGCAUGCGCAGAGGUGCUAGGCGCCAUGGCGCGUACUGGAGCGGUGGAGGCAGCUCAGCUGCUGCGGCGGAUGCAUCGGAACAGCAUGGAGCCUGAUGAGCUGGGCAUUGGCCGAGCCAUUGCGGCGUGUGUCGCCGGUGGCGCAUGGGAAGAAGCCAUCAAACUUCUGAUGGAGGUGGAGAUUUGGCGUUGCCAGCCCAACGCCAUCGCCUACAAUUCGGCCCUGGGCGCCUGCGGCCGCGCGCGCAGUGCAGAAACGGCACUGGAGCUGUUGAAGCGCAUGGAUCGGCAGCAGAUCUCCCGUACCGCUCGCACCUACGGAGCGGUCAUUGGUGCGUGUGGCCGUGGGCAUUCGUGGGAGAGCGCCAUAGGCUUGCUCGAGGAGAUGCGCUCUGCUGGAGGUGCUGAUGCCGUGGCACAUGCAGCAGCCGUCUCAGCCUGCGCGAGGGCCAUUGCGUGGCGCCAAGCGCUGGCGCUGUUCAGGCCAGAGGUGUACGCGUGGCUCUCUGAGCCCAUGGCACCUCCUGCCUUUACGGUAGCGGUGGCCGCGUGUGACCGCGCCAGCCUGUGGCAAGAGGCGCUGGGUGUCUAUAAUGAUAUGCAACAGCGGGAUGUGGUCCCCAGCCUCUCCUGCUUCAACAGCGCCCUGAGUGCAUGCAGCCGAUGUAGUGAGUGGCAGCAGGCGUUGCAAGUUUGGGUCCAAAGGCCUGUUCCGCACGACUUGGUGUCUUCGGGGCUCUUGAUCCGAGCUAUGGAACGAGCAGGCCAAUGGUCCUUGGGCCUCGAAAUGUUCGAGAAAGAGUCGGAACUUGGCACAGUGGCAUUUACUGCGGCCAUCUCCUGCUGUGCCAUGGCACGGCAGUGGCAGACAGCCAUGCAGUUGCUGCAGCGGAUGCUGCGGGAGGAGGUUCCAAUGACUCGUAGCACUCGGAAUGCGGUACUGCGCAGCUUCGACUCUUCGGACCUGCUGCCGCAGGCGCUGCAGGCGCUGCAGAUCCUGCGCUCAGGGCCGCGCAACGCCGCGCAGACGGAGGAGUGGCGGAGACAAGAAGUACCGGGGCACUUGGAGUUGACCCCCGAAGGCUUGGACCACGCGGCUGUGCAGCUGGAGCAACGUCUUUCAGGAGACUCCGUGCCAAGCGCUUCCGACGUGCCGCCUGGUCAUGUAAGAGGCAGCCUUGCGGUGCCGUGUGCACCGGCAGCACUGCACGAACUUCCGCUACCGGAGGAGCUGGUUUCAGAGAUCCUGACACCAGAGGAGGUGGACAACAUCAGGGCGGAGCUGCAACAUUUGGCCAUCAUGGCCUUGCGCGACACAAAGGUUGUGGCGCAUGUCGUGGGCUCGCGACUUUAUGGAGCCGCGUUGCGAGAUGCAGACAUUGACUUGGUCUUGGAAAGACACGAGGACCCGAAUCACGACCUAAAUGUGGACGCGAUGAGGAGAGAUUCAGUGUCUGCCUUGAUCAAGUUACGUCGGCUAUUGGAAUCUGAAAGUCAAUGGCACGUGGAGGACAUGGCUCUCAAUGCUCGUCGGCCAACACUCCGUUUGAGGAAGGCUGGACUGGAUGCUGCCGUGGAGGUCACCUUUGAUCAGACCUUAGCCACGCUUCUGAAGAGCGACGUGCUGGCGCGGGCGACGCGUCAAUCCCCUUCACACCACCUGGUUUUGCUACUGAUUCGCUGCUGGGCCGCCAGGCGAGGACUCUGCGGCCAACGAAGAGGCUUUCCUUCUGGCUACGCCUUUGGCUUGAUGGUGGCCAACCACUGGCAAAGUCUUGGCAUGCUGCCACUGAGCCCACGCUCGCGUGAGAGCUUGUCGGCCUGGGGAGGUGCACAGGCCGCUCCAGUUGAGCCUUUGAACAUGGAGGACGUUGACCGUCACAUGGUGGCGGGGCUUUUCUCUGCCUUUUUCAGGUUUUAUGGCUUUAGCUUCCAGUGGCGCAAGGAGGCUGUGUCCGUGCGAUCAGUUUCGCGCAGCAAAUCGUCUCCACUGCUAUGGGUGGAAGAUCCCUUGGAGCCAGGAGUGGAUUUGGCCGGGCCCUACCUGAACUCCUGGCGCAACGCGCGGCUUUUCGGGGAGCUGCGGAGAUGUGGGCGUCAAGUGCAACAUCCAGGUGUCACUUGGGAGAAGAUCUUCCAACGACGGGAGGAAAAACAUGGAGAAAAAAGUUUGGAAGCCCGUGCUUCUGCUCAGCAUGCGGAGACGGAAGGAUAUUUACAACAGCUGGCCGAGGCUCAGGAAAGUUUACAGCUGAAACUUGAAGAUACGGUCCCUGGUCUGGGUUUGGAGCAGUUGGUCCUGGUAUUCUUCCUGGAACGACGAGCGGCUCGAGAGCUGGCCGAAGCGGAAGAACGCCAGCAGCCUAGUGGGAACGGUCUUGAGGAGCAGGCAGCUUCGAGCAGCUUCGAUAUGCUUCGAUGGGAUUGGAAACGUCGAGCAGACGAGUUGCAGCUGCGACGUGAGCAACUGCGCUACGUCUUGACUGAGUCACAGCACCAGGAGGAAAUGGCUGAAUCUGGCUGA